CCCACCGUUCCCAUAUGUCCUGUGGGGUCUUGAUCCCAUAGGGCCCCAUCCCCACCGUUCCCAUAUGUCCAUUGGGGUCUUGACCCAAUGGGGUUCCUUUCCCAUUCUGUCCUUUGGGGUCCUGAUCCCAUAGGGCCCCAUCCCCACCGUUCCCAUAUGCCCUAUGGGGUCUCGACCUCAUAGGAUCCCGUCCCUCCUAUUGGCUGUGUGCCCUUUGGGGUCUUGAUCCCACAGACCCCCGUCCCCCCUUUUUCCCACAUGCCUUUUGAGAUUUGAUCUCGUGCUGAUCCCAUUGCGUCAUUUGGGGUCUUCAUCUCUUAGGAUCCCACCCCCACUGUGGAUUUGUGCCCUUUGGGGUCUCGAUCCCACGGGCACCCACCCCUGUCGUUCCCAUGCACCCUGUGGGGUCUCGCUCUCAUAGGGUCCCACCCCUGCAGCGGCUGUUUGCCUUUGGGGUCCCGACCCCAAGAGGGUCUGAGCCUGUUGCGCUAUUUGGGGUCUUGGUCACAUGGGGUUUUUUCCCCUUUGGGGUCUUCGUCCCAUAGGAACCCACCCCGCCGUGGAUGUGUGUCCCUGGGCUGUGAUCCACAAGGCGUCCGUCCGUGUGUCCCGUGUCACCCUGUCCCCAAAGUGUCCGUGUGUCCCACGUCACCCUGUCCCCAAGGUGUCCGUGUGUCCCACGUGUCCCCAUCCCACGAUGUCCAUCCACGUGUCCCACAUGUCCCUGUCCCCAUGAUGCCCACGUGUCCCAUGUCACCCUGUCCCCAAGGUGUCUGUGUGUCCCUGUCCCCAAGGUGUCCAUCCAUGUGUCCCUUGUGUCCCAAGACAUCCGUGUGUCCCACACAGUUUUGUCCCCAAGCUGCCCAUGUGCCCCACGUGCUCCUGUCCCCAAGUUUUCCAUGUGUCCCCCGUGUCCCUGUCCCCAAGCUGUCCACCUAUGGCUCCCACGUGGUUUUGUCCCCAAGAUGUUGGAGUGUCCCUGUCCCCAGGACGUCCAUCCGUGUGUCCCAUGUGUCCCUGUCCCCAAGGCAUCCAUGUUUCCCACACAGCUUUGUCCCCAAUGUGUCCACGUGUCCCCCGUGUCCCUGUCCCCAAGACGUCCGCCUAUGGGUCCCACAUGGUUUUGUCCCCAAGAUGUCUGUGUGUCCCUGUCCCCACAAUGUCUGUGUGUCCCAUGUGUCCCUGUCCCCACGAUGUCCAUCCACGUGUCCCACAUGUCCCUGUCCCCAUGAUGCCCACGUGUCCCAUGUCACCCUGUCCCCAAGGUGUCUGUGUGUCCCUGUCCCCAAGGUGUCCAUCCAUGUGUCCCUUGUGUCCCAAGACAUCCGUGUGUCCCACACAGCUUUGUCCCCAAGGUGCCCACGUGCCCCACAUGCUCCUGUCCCCAAGUUUUCCAUGUGUCCCCUGUGUUCCUGUCCCCAAGCUGUCCACCUAUGGCUCCCAUGUGGUUUUGUCCCCACGUGGUUUGAGUGUCCCUGUCCCCAAGAUGUCCACCCAUGUGUCCCAUGUGCCACUGUCCCCAAGCUGUCCAUCCAUGUGCCCUACGUGUCCCAUGUCAUCCUGUCCCCAAGGUGUCCAUGUGUCCCGUGUCCCUGUCCCCAAGACAUCCGUGUGUCCCACACAGCUUUGUCCCCAAGCUGUCUGUGUGCCCCACGUGCUCCUGUCCCCAAGUUUUCCAUGUGUCCCCCGUGUCCCUGUCCCCAAGCUGUCCAUCCACGUGUCCCACAUGUCCCUGUCCCCAUGAUGCCCACGUGUCCCAUGUCACCCUGUCCCCAAGGUGUCUGCGUGUCCCUGUCCCCAAGGUGUCCAUCCAUGUGUCCCUUGUGUCCCUGUCCCCAAGACAUCCGUGUGUCCCACACAGCUUUGUCCCCAAGAUGUUCGAGUGUCCCCGUCCCCAGCCCAUCCCCCAGCCCCACACGGUUUGUCCCCACGUUGCCCAUCACCCCACGUCACCCCGUCCUCGCGAUGCCCAUCCGUUGCGCCCACACCCCACAAACCCAGUCACCCCGCUGCCUCCCAGCCCACCCAAACCCCUGCGAACCCGGCGCCACCAAACCCGGCGCCACCAAAGCCAGCGCCACCAAACCCAGCGCCACCAAACGCAGCACCCAUGUCUGACAAAACCACUUUAAAUACAGCAGCACAGGAAGGAGCGGCGGGGCAGCGAUGUCAGCACUGCGCCGCGUCCUCAAAGCCGGGGUUGGCCAUCGCCGCGCCCCGCACCGUGCCAGCCUCGGUGCCCCGUGUGCCACAUUUGGCGUCUUCCGUGCCAGAUUUGGCAUCUUCCGUGCCAGAUUCGGUGUCUCCCGUGCCAGAUUUGCUGCCCUCCACGCCAAACUUGGUGCCCUCCACGCCGGCUUCGGUGCCCUCCGUGCCGAGCGGUGCGGGACCUGCGGGCGCAGCGGGACGGGGUCACCCCGUGGCGGUGGGAUGGG